AUGUUCAUAGGCAUUUGCGGCAGUAUUUGCGCCGGUCGACGAACGAUUGCCCGCUAUUUAGUUGAUCAUCACGGCUUCACACAGCUUUAUCUCUCCGGAUAUCAGCAUGAGCCAGGAUAUAUUAUAACCAGUUUGGACAACCAGCCUGCUGAUAACCAAUAUAUGUUCUCCACGCCUAAUGAGCUUAUGGACUUUGUCACCAAGCGCUGGCGUGAGCGUUGGGUUACAAUCGAUAUCCCAAAUGAAGAUAUCUUUGAUAUCUAUAGCCGGCGACCUUUCUUUUUACUCGUCAGUGUCGAUGCUCCCCUCACAGUUCGCUGGCGUCGUUUUCAAAACCAGCAACAUGAGUUGGAGCAGCAGCGCGUCUUAAACGAAGCCUUUUUAUCAUCCACAUCAAGAGAUUCAUCAACCCCCUCGGGCUCUCCAUCCCUAUCCCCCAAACAGAAAGUUAUUACAACCCUCGAAGAAUUCGCUCACCUCUCCGACAGCCAUCUCUACUCCCCAACAGGCAAUCUCGCAACUCUCAUCUCCAAUGCCACCAUCAGACUUGUUAACACCUCCUCCAGCCUAGCCCACCUCUAUGCAACCCUCGGCAAACUCGACCUCCCCAACCCCGACCGUCUCCGUCCCAGCUGGGACAGCUACUUCAUGUCCCUAGCCUCCCUCGCCGCACAGCGCAGCAAUUGUAUGAAGCGUCGUGUGGGCUGCGUCGUCGUCCGGGACAAGCGUGUCAUCAGCACUGGUUAUAACGGGACUCCGCGGGGACUCAAGAACUGUGCGGAAGGCGGCUGUGGACGGUGCAAUUCGGGCGAAGGAUCCGGUCACGCGCUGUCGACGUGCUUGUGCAUCCAUGCCGAGGAGAACGCGCUGCUGGAAGCCGGGAGGGAGCGCCUGCGCGAGGGUGCGGUGCUAUACUGCGACACCUGUCCGUGUCUGACGUGCAGUAUCAAGAUCGCGCAGAUGGGGAUUAGUGAGGUGGUGUAUAGCAAGGGGUAUAGUAUGGAUGGGGAGACGGCGGCGGUGUUUAGGGAAGCAGGGGUAAAGCUGAGACAAUUCGUACCGCCUGCGAAUGGUCUCAUUCAUCUUGAGAAGCCUGAGUUGUAUAACUAA